UAAACAAAGAAAUAAACAAAACACCAUUUUAGUUUCCCCUAAUUGAACCAGCAACCACACACAAUCAUUUUCCUCCAAUUCCUUCUUCACCAAUUGAAUGUCGUCGUCCAGACAACAAAGGGAGGACGACGACGAGGAGGAGGUCGGAAAGAAGGUGAGGACGACAGAUCCUACUCAGAUUGAUGGUAACUGCAACACCAUGGUAAAAGGACAACCGACUACGACUGCGGCGGCGACCGGUGGCCAGAAUAUUCCGAUAGGCAGCUGUAAUAAUAAUAAUAUUAAUAACAGCGGGAGUAGUCUGAACACGAUUACGCCAUGCGCAGCCUGCAAGCUGUUGAGGAGAAGAUGCGCCGAGGAAUGCCCUUUCUCGCCGUACUUUUCGCCGCACGAACCUCAUAAGUUCGCCGCUGUCCAUAAGGUCUUCGGCGCCAGUAACGUUUCCAAGAUGCUAAUGGAUGUUCCUGAGGCGCAGCGAGCCGACGCCGCGAACAGCUUGGUGUACGAAGCAAACGUUCGGCUAAGAGACCCAAUCUACGGCUGCAUGGGCGCGAUCUCGGCUCUGCAGCACCAAGUUCAAGUUCUCCAAGCCGAGCUGCACGCCGUCCGCGCCGAGAUCCUUCGCUUCAAGUACAGGGAAGCCGCCAAUUCCAUUAUGAACGCCGCCGCCUUUGCCACCGCCACCGCCACCGUUUCCGUGGCUGAGCUGCCGCAGGCUCCGCCCACUCCCACCACCUCUCCGCCGCCGCCUUCUGUGUUGGCUCCGUCGGCGGCUUCCGCUGACGUCUACAAUUCGAGCUCUAGCUACAGUAGCAUAACUAAUAAUAAUAAUAAUAGUAACGGUAGCCAUAGUAUUGGUUACUUUGAUGGAUGAUUAUUCGUUGGGUUUGGACUUCUGAUUCCAUGUGGUGGGCGCACUGAUCCAGUUUAGUCGUGGCGUGUUUUCAUUGGUGUAGAAGAGAGCUUCAGCUACUGUAUUAUUUGUAAGGACUAAAUCUUUGCUUAAUUGGCUGUUGCAAAUAACGGGGAUUUCGUUCUUACAAAGAGUCCUAAUUUGUUUUAAUUAUUUCCUAUAAAUAAAUUAUACUCCUUCAUUUUCAAUACAA